CUGUUUUCCCAUGCCAGGACUUCAGCAGCUGUCUGUUUCCUGCCACAGAGAAGUCCACUUUAUUGCAAGAAAAAUGAAAUACAAAAGGACAAUAGGACCAUGAAGAAAAUCAUGUCACCUCAAUUUGCAACCAUUAACCACACCACAGCUAUUCUGCCACCUCUCCUCCCAUGGGACAGCUCUAACUCACACAGACCAUGUGGAUUGCCUAAGGCAGCAGAGUUGAGGGGAUUGCAAGUACCCCAAGAAGCACAACAGCACACGUUGUGAAGGAUAUACUGGACUCAGACUGAAGCUUGAUUCACGCACUCACAGCCUGAUGGCCUUGCUUCCCCUUUUACAUCAAGAGACAUUGUUCCAAAAGGGACCUUGGAGCUACCGAAUUCCAGCCCUGCUCUAUGUGCCACAAUCAAGUACCAUCCUGGCAUUUGCAGAGGAGAGGGAGGAUGUGGUGGAUGAACAUGCCAGGUUGAUAGCCAUGUACAGAGGCAUGUAUGAUGCAACUACCCACCACGUUCAGUGGAACAAAAUGGAAACCAUUCUCAGUGCUCAGCUGGAGGGGCACCGAUCCAUGAACCCAUGUCCAGUGUAUGAUAAGGUUACUGGGACCCUUUUCCUGUUCUUUAUAGCCAUCCCAGGAAAGAUCUCUGAAAUGCACCAGAUCAAAACAAAAACCAACCUGGUACACUUGUGCCAUGUCACGAGCACUGACAGUGGAUGCACCUGGAGCUCAGCCAAGGAUCUCACUAACUCUGUGAUUAACACCACACACAAGGAGUGGGCCACUUUUGCAGUGGGACCUGGUCAUGGUCUGCAGUUGUCCAAUGAGUCGCAAAAUCUAGUGAUUCCUGCCUAUGCCUAUCGAAUACUUGACCCUGGGAAAACACCCUCCCCCCACGCCUUCUGCUUUGUCAGUUCUGACCAUGGAAAGACCUGGACGCUGGGGAAUUUUGUGGAGGAGAGUGCAGUGGAGUGCCAGGUCACAGAAGUGCACAUCAGUGGAGAGAGAGUGCUGUACUGCAAUGCUAGAAGCAGCCGAGGUGCCAGAGUCCAGGCUGUGAGCUACAACCAUGGGGUGGAUUUUGAAAGUGGUCAGCGGAUAGCAAAGCUGGUGGAACCUCCCCAUGGCUGUCACGGGAGUGUUACAGCCUUUCCGUGUCCCACUGAUGGGAAGUCAGGGUGUCAAGACAGCUGGGUGCUCUAUACUCAUCCAACAGACCCCACUGGACGGAGAGACUUAGGAGUGUAUCUCAACAAGUGUCCCUUAGAUCCAGCAACCUGGACAGAACCCAGCAUCAUCUGUAAGGGUUUAUGUGCUUACUCAGAUAUGCAGUACCUGGGCCAGGGUCCAGAUGGCUCACCCUUGUUCUGCUGCCUCUUUGAGUUUGGCACCAAAUUGCAAUGUGAGAAGAUAGUCUUCCUCAUGUUCACGCUGAAACAAGUUUUUCCGGCACAGUGCUGAGCCCCAGCUGACAAACCUUUCAGUACCCAUCUGUAAGUCACCUUAGUUGACUCUCAAUUUAACUUCUACUUGUCUGUUAGCAAAAGGCCUAUAUUUUCUGACUUCAUCCUGCUCUUAUUGCUGUAGUGUUGCAUGCAUAGGUUACAAUAUUUAUU